GGAGGAGACGCUGACGAGGAUGAGGACGACGACGACGACGCGGAUGACGACGAAGAGGACGACGAUGACGACGAAGAGGACGACGACGACGAUGUUCAGGAGGUCGUACAGUCGUCUGGUGGCGCUCCGGUUCACGCGGUGGACGACGAAGACGACGAUGACGAGGACGAGGACGACGAAGGCGGUGACGACGACGACGAUGGCGAGGGAGAUGACGACGACGACGACGACGACGACGACGAGGAGCCUGAGGAAGAGGAUGAGCUAGGAACUGAGUACCUCGUCCGCCCAGUAGGUCGCGCUGAGGAUGAGGAAGAUGCAAGCGAUUUUGAGCCCGAAGAGAAUGGAGUUGACGAAGAUGAAGAGGAGGGCGAUGAUGCUGGUGGGAAGGUGGAGGCUCCCCCAAAGAGAAAGAGAUCGGACAAAGAUGACUCAGAUGACGACGACGAUGGUGAUGGAGGAGAGGACGAUGAGAGACCCUCCAAACGAUAGGGGUUAGAGGACGGACCAUUAACAAAAUGGGUCAGUCUCUCUCUCUCACCCUCGCUUAAACUCAUCGUCACGCAUGUAGAAAGAAGGAUAGGAUGAAUUCGGAAUUCUGUGGUGCUGUUUAUGUUGGUGUAGUAGUAUGAUGGUGGAGUAAAUUUCGUAGGUUUACAAGAAGCUUUUCAUAUGUGGUUAAUGCUCAGUCAAUUUGAAAGAGGUUGGUGUUAGAGAAGUUAAUGUAAGUUUAAGUUUAAGAAACUUGAUUAAGCUUGAUAGUGUUCUCAGUAUUCUCUUGUGUUUUUUAUCUGGUAGGUUUGGUUGCAGGUUUAUUAGGUAGGACCCUUUUGAACUCUUGAACUUUUGGUUGGUUGAGACUUGGAACUUGAAAGGUUGGUAGAUCUGAAUGUCUAAUCCGAUGAUGGUUGAUUCUAUUUCUAUAUGUAAUGGUGGACCGUCAUUUUUAGUUUGUGAAUGAAUAAACCAUCAUCAAUUUAUAUGAAUUUUUGCACAAA